ACAGUCAAAGCAAAACACAACUGCUUGUAAACGUUCUCCCAUCUAGUAUCACUCUAUCGGACUCGACGGAAAAUGUGUACGCUUCAUCUGAUGGUAUUUCCCAUCUGGUAAAAGGAGAGGAAGAUACUUCCUAUCUGGUAGAAGGAGAAGUUCGAAAAUUUAACUGCUCAGUACCAAGCAUUAAUCCCGGGGCGUCAUUUAGUUGGCUGAUUGAUGGGCGUGGCCUGCCAGAAAUGACGUAUAGCAGCCAAGACGAUGUUGGUAUGGACGGUUUAACAACUAGUACAAGUGAGAUGUUGUUUACGGCAACUUGGUCCCAUCACGAUAAACUGCUAGAGUGUCAAGCUUUAAACAGUGAAGGACAUCCGGGUAUUUCCAUCAGUGUGAGACUUUAUGUUUAUGGUGAUGUGAAAAAUAUUACUGUUACGGUUGAUGGUGAACUGGCAAAUGCUGACACACCUGUUGUGGUUGCAGAAUCGGAUAGAGUGACACUUAAUUGCACUGCUUUGGGGGCCAGGCCUUCAGUAUCAGUUACUUGGUACGACAGCAAAACGUCUAAGAUCAUGAACAGUACCGAAACUACACGAGUGAACAGCAUUAAUGUGAACACAACUGAUACGAUUGGGGUGUUGAGUCUCUCCGGACGGGGAUGCAACGAGAGAUAUGAGCUCGAAUGCCGUGUUUCCGGCCAGCAAAUUCAUAACCACUACUCUCGACGCGUUACUUUGAGAGUACAAGAGGAUAUUGGGUCAUUCACCGGACCGAGUGACGUCACAGUCAUGACGAACGCCACAGUCAGUUUGUCAUGCAGAGCAGGACAUUGUGUACCAAUUAGCUUCUCUGCCUGGGUAAACAACAAUGUAAACUUUGCUGCGUUUCAAAGCAUCUUGCGAAAUGACGCAAAAUACGAUAAUUUUGAUAUUAACAGUACCGAUCGUUGCAUUGGUCAGAUGGAUCUCCUCGUCACCAAUGCACAGCCUGAGGAUGCAGGGAUCUACACGUGUCAGAUAAAUGGCGAGAUUCGAGAAGCAACGCUGAACGUGGAAGAGGAUGAUAAACAGGUAGAAAAUAUGUCAACAGAAAAUGUUGAGCAGCUGGGAACUUUGUCAACAGUGGUUGGUGAGCAGAUGGAGGAGAAUCCUAACUUAACUCGGAUUAUCACAUGGAUAGCAGGACCGCUGGUGGCGCUUUUGGCUGUGAUCUUGUUGAGCAUUUACGCGGGAAUGAAAAUAAGAACACGCACCAAACAGAGAGCAGUGACUACCGCAGUUUGUGCCAGUUCCACGGUAGAUGUUGGUGACGAUGACGGGACAUAUCUGGAACCAAAUAAAUUCAAAGAAGAGGACACUCUACAGAAAACCGGCAGCGAUACAUCUAUUGGCGAACUAGAGAAUGAACAUCCCAGUGAUAAUAUUCCUCUGAGGGAAACAGAUGGGCUUAGAGCCUAUGUGACUAAGAUACAUGAUCCAGCCGCCAGUUUCUCUCCGAGACUCUCCUUCAUCAACGAAUAUCACAACGUGGGCCCUAGCCUCAAAUUUCCAAGACAUCGAAUCUGGAUUGAAAAGGAACUUGGCAGAGGUGCCUUUGGGAGAGUUCUACAGGGGAUAGCUCUUGGGAUUGAUAGCUCCGGGGAACGUAAGAAAGUAGCUGUUAAAACUCUCAAAGAGGAUGCGGAUGAUUGUGCAAGAAGUGAACUUCUUGAAGAGUUGCGUCUCAUGAAGAAACUUGGCCCACAUCCGAACAUAAUCACAUUGCUUGGACACUGUACGAAGAUUGAUCCCAUUUAUGUUAUAGUGGAGUACAUGUCCAGAGGUGACUUGAAAACGUUACUAGGAUCCUGUAAAACAGCCGUGAUGGAUUCAGCGCCCACGGACCUUCCUGGCCUGAAGGAAAACCCUUCAAAGACAUUCGUCAAGUUUGCCAAAGAUGUGGCCAGUGGAAUGGAGUUUCUAUCUUCUCAAAAUUGUAUCCAUCGUGAUCUGGCUGCCCGCAACGUUCUGGUAAGUGAAGACAUGGUCUGUAAGGUGGCUGACUUUGGACUGGCCCGUGACGUCAUGAAUGUCCGCAUCUACCAGCGACAAUCACAGGGACCUCUGCCCAUUCGCUGGAUGGCCAUAGAAUCACUAGUCGAUGACGUGUUCACAACAAAGAGUGACGUAUGGUCUUUCGGGAUCCUGCUGUGGGAGAUCGUUACGUUUGGUGCCCGGCCAUAUCCACUUCUUGGGAUUCAGACGAUGUUGAGUAAGCUAAGAUCGGGGUACCGUAUGCCCAAACCAGCGUGCUGCAAGCAACAACUAUACUGUAUCAUGUUGAGUUGCUGGAAAAAAGAUCCACAGGAGCGGAGCAGUUUCACGGAAAUUUCGAAGGAGCUGGGGAAAUUGCACAGCGACUAUGAGGAAUACAUUCGUGUUGAUAAGUUGGCUGAAGUGAUCUACGACGACGUGGACGUACCAGACGAGAAGUUAUGAAAGAAAAAGACUUGUCACGGUAUUUAUCCGCAAGACAGGCACUGGUUUGACAGACCCAAAUUAUGUUUAUAAGUGAUACAAUGAUUUCGGAUUUGAGGCAUUGCAUAGUGAGGUAUCAAUGUAAACCUCACCUCUUUACUG